CAUAGAAUUAAUGUUCUCGAAAUUUACAUUACGAAAUUGCAGCGAAAUCUGACGAAAUCUCUUGCAUUUUAGGUUUUACACAUACACGCACAAUCACAACAAGUCUGAUACAGGUAUAACCUGAAGGGAAAAGAUUUGAUUAUUGAAAGGUGUUGAACUGUGUAACGUUUUGGUGCUAAAACGCUCCUGGGUAAUUGAAUUCUGCAUAGCAUAUUCAUCAGGGAGACUUCUGAGAUAGCUUCAAGAUGUUUGCUGCAAGGGUAGCCAGACUGCCGGUUCUUCUCUGCACAUCUGCUACACAGUCCCUGAAGAGUGUGCAUCCCAAGUCUGCUGGCUUAGCUAGAGUGAACCUUGCAGGGAGAGCCCAACAGUAUGCCAGCCAGACAAGGCUAGGGGCUAGGAAGGCAGCAAAGACCAGGUCCUUGAAGGAGAUAGCCCAGGCACCGGCCUCAGGCUCUGCUGAUAUGCUUGGUAGAGGUUUGCUGCUUGGAGCUUCAGCUGCUGGCAUUGGCGCUCUCUGUUAUUAUGGCUUAGGUUUUUCCAGUGAGGUCGGAGCAAUUGAAAGAGCUGCGAUCUGGCCGCAGUAUGUGCGUGAUCGCGUGAGAUCAACGUACAUGUACUUUGGGAUGGGGAUAGCAGCCACCACAGUCUCAGCCCUUGCUAUGGCCAGAAACCCAGCUCUCCUCAUGAGAAUCUCCCCUAAGUCAUGGGUGGGUGCACUAGGAGGCAUGGCAGUUGUAAUGGCAUCAGGGAUGGUAACAAUGUCUGUGCCUUACGCAGAAGGGGUGGGUCUCAAGCAACUAGCCUGGCUGGGUCACAGUGGUCUCUUAGGGGUAGUCCUAGCCCCUAUCUGCUUCAUGGGUGGACCACUGCUCAUCAGGGCUGCCUGCUAUACAGCUGGAGUCGUGGGAGGUUUAUCUUGUGUUGCUAUGUGUGCUCCCAGUGAUAAGUUCCUCUACAUGGGAGGUGCAUUGGCCAUGGGUCUAGGAGCGGUCUUUGCAGCAUCAAUUGGGAGUAUGUUCUUGUCCCCAGCCACAGCCCUUGGUUCAGGGCUCUAUGCUGUCAGCAUGUAUGGUGGUCUUGUGGUCUUCGGUGGCUUCAUGCUCUACGACACACAGAUGAUCAUGAGGAGAGCUGAACUGCAUCCUAUCCAUGCCCAGCGACCUUUUGACCCCAUCAACAGUGCCAUGAGCAUCUACAUGGACACCAUCAACAUCUUCAUCCGCAUCGCUACACUACUCGCCAGUGGAGGUGGAGGCAAAAGGAAGUAAACCUCAUCAGGGAUCUUCAUCAAAACUUGAAAAGACUAUCAAAGACACUGUUCUAGUGAAUCGCUCACAUCUCCAAUAUUAGGUAAAGAAAGCGAUAUCCUGAAGAAAGGCAUUUGCAAAGAAAUGAGGAUAUCAUUGAAACGCAUCACAGUAACGUCUACAUAAUAUUCCAUCGUUUAAUAAUGAGAGCACAUGUUUUUGUUGGUGAAAGACAAUGGCAGAGGAUUUAGGACAUUGCAGUGACUGCUUCACAUCCCCAGUAUAUAUGGCAAUAUAUCUGCGUAAAAAGAUGGUUGCAUAUGUUUGGAGGAUCGGAAAUUUAUUUGCAGCCUCCAGACAUCAAGAUUAAAGCAGAUGGACGAUGUCGUCAUCUCGAACAGAAAAGGCUCAGUUAUUUGAUCUUUAUACACCGCCAAUAUUAGUGUGAAAAACCCUUCACAUGUGUGUUCUCACAGAACCUACCAGAAUGCUGAUUUCUGCAAGGUUUUUUGGUGAUAAUUGAGAGUUUCUGUCAACUUGGCAUAAUAUUAAGGAAGAGAGAUCUGCAGCAUAAUUUGCAUAUCUUGAGUUCAUUAAGGAGAGUUUAUGUAUGGUAUUCAAAUAUAUACUAAUUUGAUAAGUAAAUAUGCAUGUACACAUAAACCAAAGCCCAUACUGAGUAAGCAUCUGUAAAGUAUGAAGCACUUUUAUACAAUGUUAUGAUAGUUGACUGUUUGCUUAGAAAUAUCUUAAGUGAUGAAAUAUGACAUGAAAGUAAUAUAUAUUUAUAAGCAAUAUAAUCAUUUAUUAGCAAAUUGUAAAGUAAAGUUGGUCAGGGUGCAUGAUAAGGAAAUACUUUACAGAGCUGCCAACUAGUUCUCUUGCUGUCUUAGCUCUGUGCAAAAAAUUACUGAAUGAAUUCCUCUCCAAAUGACUGAUUUUGAGCUUUUAAGAUCAGCGAUUUGUGCUCCUGGAGGUGGGCAGCUACAUGUAUGAUGUACACUGUUAUUAACAGAGGCACAUGUAUCCUCAAUAUAUAAAGUUGCUUGUGUGGCCAUUUAAAAUCCAAAAAAUUUGCUGUAAGUAGCGAUUUUCAUGCCUGCACUUUUGACUAUCAGAAGCCUACAGUAAACUAUAGCUUCUAUUCCAAAAUCAUCAAAGAAGUUAUCCACUUUCCUUCCAGAGGAAGCUUAAAAAUUGAGAAUUUUGGUGAGGGCUAUAUUGUGUCAUUAUAUGAUAUGAUCACUUGGGAAAAUGUUACUGAAGAUAAAUGCUUUGAUAAAUAAUACAUGUAUAUUUUAUUUUCAUUAAAUGAAUGUGAGACUUAUUAAUGAAAAAA